CUCGCUUUGAAUGCAUGCAUUGAGCGCUCAUUCAGUGAUUGAGUGAUUGAAUGAAACAUUUGAUGACCACUGAAGACAUUGCACCCAAUGAUGGCCUCAUUCUUCGAUAACCUCAGGAGUGGUGUCCAACACAUCGAGACAGAAGUGAAGCGAUUAAAGCAAAUGACUGACAAUUCGUACCAAAGAAGUGAAGAGCAAGUGAUGGCAGACCUCAUGAAAGCCAAACAGUUUGACUCAAACGUGAGGACCACUUAUGUCGAAGUCACACAACUGUAUAAUGAGGUGAAAGGCGCGGAUCGGCCCUUAAUCGCCUUUCGCUCCGACAGACGAUUAAUCCAAUCGAUGGCCACCGACACCAUUGUGAACGUCAUCACCACUCCUAUGCUGCUGUUGCCCUCCGUGUCCAACAGGUCCAGCAGUUCCCGUUCGUCGAUGUCAUCCAAAUUGGCUGAAUCUGUGAUCUCGAUCUCUGGAAGUGUAUCCGGAUAUGUGUCUGGAAAGCGGAACUGCAGCACCACUUCAUCUGCCAAUCAAAUCAAACACUCAAUCACAUCAUAA